GUGUGCACGGCCCCCGGCACCCCUACCCGGCACCAGGCUCCCGGCGCCCCUACCAGGCACCAUGGACUGGAAGACGCUCCAGUCCCUACUGAGCGGUGUGAACAAGUACUCCACAGCAUUCGGGCGCAUCUGGCUGUCCGUGGUGUUCGUCUUCCGGGUGCUGGUGUACGUGGUGGCUGCAGAGCGCGUGUGGGGGGACGAGCAGAAGGACUUUGACUGCAACACCAAGCAGCCAGGCUGCACCAAUGUCUGCUAUGACAACUACUUCCCCAUCUCCAACAUCCGUCUCUGGGCCCUGCAGCUCAUCUUCGUCACCUGCCCCUCGCUGCUGGUCAUCCUGCACGUGGCCUACCGGGAGGAGCGGGAGCGGCGGCACCGGCUGAAGCACGGGGACCAGUGCACCAAGCUGUAUGACAACGCGGGCAAGAAGCACGGCGGCCUGUGGUGGACCUAUCUGCUCAGCCUCAUCUUCAAGCUCAUCAUCGAGUUCGUCUUCCUCUACGUGCUGCACACCCUCUGGUACGGCUUCAGCAUGCCACGCCUUGUGCAGUGCUCCAACGUGGCGCCCUGCCCCAACACCGUGGACUGCUACAUCGCCCGGCCCACGGAGAAGAAGGUCUUCACCUACUUCAUGGUGGGCGCCUCCGCCGUCUGCAUCGUGCUCACCAUCAGCGAGAUCUGCUACCUCAUCUUCCACAGGGUCAUAAAAGGCAUACGCAACCAGAGGGGCCCUGGCAGCCGCAACCGCAAAUCCUCGGCCAGCCGGGCCUCCACCUGCCGCUGCCACCAUAAGCUGGUGGAGGGGGAGUUCGUCCUGGACGCCCACGGUGACAAGCCGCAUGCUUCAGCACCCGCUCUGACCCCCAUCUGACCACGGGCCGGGGGGGUGAUGCCUGGUCUGCCAACGGGGACAGGUGGGGAGGUAUCGCGCCGGUGGAGGGGUCCUGCAGGUGCUGGGUGCCCCCACUUGGAAUUCACCGAGCUAUCCAGUUUCAUUCGGGGCAGAUACUUUUUGAGUGCUGGGCACUGUGCUGAAUACUUGGGUGUAGGUCACUCCACAGGCCCAGUGCCAUCCCUUGGGGAAAACCAACACUGAAACGAGGAAAUUAACUACUGCGCAAGGGGAUGCUUAGGGCGCUCAUAGCAGGGCUUCUACCCAGCCCAGGAGGGAGCGAUCAGGCGAGACUUUCCUGAGGAGGUAAAGUUUAAGAGAAGUGAGAAGUGCUUCCAAGUGGAGAGAAGGGCAGGCGCAGAGGCCUGGAGGCUACAAGAAGAGGCAUGCUUGCCCUGGGUUGGAUGCACCAGACCAGAAAGAAUGUUCCUUCCCUUUGGAGAAGCGCCUCGGUCCCUGCGGUGCAGAGGAAGGAUUCCUCCAGCAGAGGGAGGUCUGGAGGCCUGAGAAUUCUUGGGACGAGGAGGAGGGGGCUCUGGGGACACCAACCUCUCCUGGUGACACCCAGGGAUCCUCUGAGUCCCACUGCUCUCAGGGCAGGUCCCCUCCACAGCCUCCACUCUCCCAGCCUCAGGAAGCUGCGCUCCCGUCUUCCUCCCUGCAGAUGUACUCAGUCUGGUGCCAGCCUUUCAGACCCUGCUUCGUGGGGCUCGGGGUGGGUGUCCUAAUAGGAACAUCCCCACGGCAGCUUCCUUGAAAUCAAUAAAGGCUGGGUUUUAUACAA